AUGACUUUGAGUGUUAAAGUAGAUGACUAUUAUAGCAAUGAUGAAAAUGGUCUUUGGGUAUGGUAUUUGCGAAAUUUACGUUCAGGAGAUUUUGAAGAAUUAAUUACAAACAAAUUAAAAUAUACCCUAUUAAGAAGAUUUUUGAACAGUAAUCUCUAUAAUAACAAAAGUAUUAAAAAUUUUAAUAAGAACCAAAAGUUGUUGUUUAUCUCAAUACCUGAUAAGAUCCAUAGUGAUAUUUCCAUUUUGGAGACUUUCUUAAAAGAUUAUUUCCAUUUAGAAGAUUUGAAUAAUAUUAAAAUCCAAAAAUUGACCAAAGAUCAUUGUUAUAGUCAUGAAAACCAUUAUUUACUAAUUGAUACAAUGAAUAAUUUUAAUGACCCAACUUUUUUAAAUUAUGUGGAUCCAAAAAGAUAUAACAAAUUUAAGAAUAAUGUUCAUCAAAUAGUAAGUACUAAUACAAAGACCUCCACCAAUACCACAACUACUGAUGUUAGUUUGGGUCUGGGCAUAGAUAAUGAAGCAAAUAAUAGUUUUUAUUUAAGUGAAACUGAAAUAACACAGCAACCAUCAAUACUAAUAACGAAAGAUGAGUCUAAUAAUAUCAUUAUCUCACAAGAGAAAUCAAGUAAAACUAAUAGUAAUGAUAUUCAUUGUGAACAAAAUUCUUCUUUAUACAUCAAUAACAAUCACUACAAUAAUAACAAUAACAAUAACAAUAACAGUAAUAGUGAUGAUAGUAUGCAUUCAAAUACAAAAAACAAAAUUACAGUUCCAACAAACAAUUCAAUUAUCUCUGAUGAUGGAGAAAGUUCCAUCGUACUGAAUUUUCCAAGAGCUGCGUUGCAUCAUAUACGGCAUUCAAACGAAAAAUUUCAAAAUCACAAACCCAUAGCGAAUAUAAAUAAUUCUCUUAUUCAUUUGCACAUUGAUAAUAACUAUAACAAUAAUAGUUUCAACUGUGUUAGUAAUAAUCAUGUUUUCACUCCUCCAGGUUCAGAAAUGAUGUCAAUUAACAGUUUUUAUAAUGACAAUGAUAUAAAUUCAUAUGCAGAGAAUAUCUCUUACAAUGAACUAGGACUUAGCCAAGGUGAUUAUGAUGAUAAUGAUGAUGGUCGUAGACUUUGCAGACAUCCGUUAACAAGAAUGGUAAUAUCAGAAGAUCGAGCUGAUGACGUAACAAACCUUAAUGAUAAACAUUCCAUAUCUUAUGAUGAUGAAAAUGAAAAAAAUCAUUCAUCAGACCAAUGUAACAAUAUACCAACAAAUACUAACCCUCAAUAUGACGAAGAAGACGAUAGAAAUUCAUUUAUUUCCAGCAAAAGUAAUAGUUCAUACCCCUCAUCUAAUUUUUCAGACAUUUCUACAACUUCAUCUACUUCUUCCUAUUACUCUAUCUUACCAUCAAUCUCUAUUAACGAUAAAGGCAGACACUUUAGGUUAGUCUUACAGAGUUGCUUAUUAUACAAGGAAAAUAAAGAGAUAUUAACUGCAAUCCGACAGUCUAAUAACGUCGUAAAUACAGCCAGUGUUGAUGAUGACUGGAUUCUUUAUGAUUCUCAAUUUAAUAUGAAUGAUUUGACGAUAUUAACAUUAAAAGAUUUAUUUGAAUUUGGUCACGAUAUGCCUAAAAUAUUAUUUUAUUCUAUGGUUAUUGUUGACAAUACAACUCCUAUAAUAACUGCACAAGACACAAGUGACAACAACAACAAUAAUAGUAAUGGUAAUAACAAUCCUGACAAUAUUCAAAAUGACCACAAUUAUCUUAACAAUAAACAUCAUCCUGAGGAAAUAAUUAAGAUAUCUGAAGAUAUUAACAACAGAUUGAAUAUUCAAGAAGAAAGUGAUGAUGAUAUCGAACACGAAAGUCCUGAAUUACUAUAUGAUGAUAAUAAGGGACCCCAAAUGUAUAUACCAGAGAGAAUAAUUUCUAAUGCAACAACAGUUGGACAUAGAUCAAUUCGUACAAUUAAUACUAUGGGUGAAUGGACCUCUAGAAAGAAAAGUAAUAUAACUUUUGAUAAUGAAAGUUCUGAAAUCGGUGAAUAUUCUCCUAAGACACUUCAAAACGAUUCACUUCUAGCUCACGGUACUGAAAAGAAAAAUAAGAUUGCUAGAUGGAAAAGUGUACCUUACCAUAACAAUAACAAUGAUAACCGUAACAACAGCGACAGUAAUAACGGUUUAAAUAGUAAGUUGAAUAGUAAUUAUCAUCUGAAUCGUAGAAAGAAAAAAUAUAAUGAUGGCAUUGUUCAUAGCGGCGGGGAAAGGUGGAGAUUAAAGAUAAAAAGAUUCAGAAGAGCAAAUGAUACUAAAAAAGAUGCUGAUGAUAAAAUUUGUAUUAUUAUGUAA